UAGAAGGCUGACUUUGUGACUGUCUUUAUGUGGCUCUGAAGGUUCAGGCUAGUUUCUAGUUGUAAUAACUGACUAGAUUGUUAUUUAGAUCCAAAGAUAUUGACUUCAGUUUUGUUUCCAUAAAAGCUGCAGAAAGUUUUGGCACCCCAUAGUGAUUCUUGCUUUUUAAAUUGAUCAUUUCAAAGCUUUAGCUGCAGUGACUCCUGUGGUUUUUUACAUGAAUAACUUAGAAGUGACAGUUUCUAUGUCUAAACCCUUUUGGACAGGAGCCGACUGACUUUCUGAGUUUUCUAAAGGCACGCGUCCCUCAGGGUGGGGAGGGGAACGCAGUCGGUUGUUGCUUUUGUCCUGAAGGGAACCAAUCAGGCAGUGAACGCGUGCCGGCUCCGCCGUAUAAAAGCCCACUGACUCUUUUAGGAAGUUCAAAUUAUUUCCUCUUCACGUUCUGAGCCUAACAAACCAUGAAGUCUCCUGGAAAGUCCUUGAAGGAAGCAUUGGUCUGCGCUCAGAGCGAACACCGACUGACUGUUGGCGUCUACGAAAGCGCUAAGAUAAUGACAGAAGACCCAGACAGCGUGUCGUUCUGCGUCCUGGCCACAGACGAGCAGUUCCAGUGGGACGUGGCCCUGCAGAUCCACUUCACCCUGAUCCAGUCCUUCUGCUUCGACAACGACAUCAGCAUCGUCAGAGUCAGCGACACGCAGCGUCUGGCCGACAUCAUCGGAGACAAGCAGGAAGACGCGCACUGCGUCCUGAUUACGAACCCGGCCGAUGGGUCUUGGGACGACCCGGCUCUGGAGAAGCUGCACCUGUUCUGCGAGGAGAGCCGGCGGCUGAACGACUGGGUUCCUGAGAUCAGCCUCCCGGAGCGCUGACCCGGCUCUCUGCCGCUCACCUGAUCCGUUCACACCUGGAAAUCCUCAUCCCGACCGGGAUGAUUCUGUUUCCGGUUCUUUCCUGGGCGCUCCUGAGGAGCUAGCAUGCCCGGGCUAGCACGGCGCCGGCACCGCCGCCGCCGCCCCCCGCAGCCGUCCGUGCCAAGAUGAGCCUGGUUCUUUCUGCGAACAAGGCCGGGCACGCAGCGGGGGGCGGCACACCGUCGACCCUCAUUCUUUGUGCGGAUGAGGUUUGGAGAGGGAGGAGAAGAGGCGAGUUCUGCGUCCCGUGGUUCCCACGGAGCGAACGUCGCCACGCAGAAGCACGCGCAGCAGGAGAAGAAGCGGUGCUGAGGAAGAAGCGGCCAUCUUGGAAAGAGACUUUUCAGAUGUUCGUCUUCGGCUGAGCAACAUGGCAGCAGUUGCAGUCAGCGGAAAUGUUUCCCACUUUCCAGAAUUGUCUUAAUUCUCUAAAGGUUUCACUUUAGAAGUUUAACGAUGACAAAAUUAAUCUAGAAAAGUCGAAUCUAAAGGUUUCACUUUAGAAAAUGACAUUAAGUUAAGCCAAUAAAAAAAUUAAUAAAAUUUGUACGAAAAAUUCCUGCAAUUCUAAAAUAUAAAUUU